AUGCCAUUGGGCGGGUCCAUUACGCAUGGUGUGGGAUCCUCGGACGGGAAUGGCUACAGGGAAAUACUCCACGAUACGUUGAUCGCUGAUGGCUACGCAGUGGAUAUGGUCGGUUCCCGCAAGACAGGCAAAGGUCAUUGCCACGAGGGCUGGCGAGGGUAUCGAAUUGACCAGAUUGCAGCAAAAGCCGCCAAGUCCAUCCCCGAGCUGAAGCCAAAUGUCUUGACCAUCAAUGCGGGUUCCAAUGACUGUAUCCAGGACUUUGAGAUCAACAGUGCGGGCGAUCGUAUCGACCAAAUUCUGCGGCUCGCAUGGUCAAUUGUCCCUAGUUCCACACUUUUGCUCUCUACACUGCUUCCUAAUAUCGAUACUGCUGUUGAGUCCCGAGUGUUGCUGUUGAACGAGCAGAUUCAGAUGCUAUGGGAGAGACACGAUGCGGCUGGAAGAAAGAUUGUUCUAGUGAAUAUGCACGGCUCGCGUGGGCCUUUGCUUGAUCAAUUAGUCGUGGACGGAACACACCCAAAUGAUGCAGGAUACCGCUGUAUGGCCAGCUUAUGGCGAGAGGCUUUCGCGGAAGCGGCAUCAAAAGGAUUUCUCAGAUAA